AUGGCUCUUACUAAUUUCCUCAUAACGCUCGGCUUACCUCUUGUAAGCGCCCUCGCGUACGGUCUCUAUGCGCUCUACCAACACCGCUCCAGAGUCAACCAGCUCCGCAAACAAGGCAUUCCCAUGCCAAAAGGAUGGAAUUGGCUAACAGGCCAUAUCCUCGUCCUAUCCGACUAUGUCAAUCGUCUGCCUGCUGACGCCAACGUGGCACUGGCCACGCAAGAGUUGGCAGCAGAAUUCACCGACACGGAGAUUUUUUUUCUCGAUGUAUGGCCUGUUUCGCCGGCCCAGUACCUGGUGUUUUAUCCAGAAGCAGCAUCGCAGGCGACAACUAAAUUGAAUCUCCCCAAAACCGUCAUACAGCCCCGGUUCAUGGGGCCGAUUACCGGCGGGCCUAGUAUGAUCUCGAUGGGAAACACGGAAUGGAAGGCUUGGCGAUCUAUCUUCAAUCCAGGAUUCAGCGCAGGUAGCAUGCAAGAUCUUCUCCCCGAAGUGAUCAAGUCGGUUCGGGUGUUCUGUGACAAGCUGCAUGAAAAAGCGCACGCUGGAGAGUUGUUCGCCUUGGAUGACCUCACGACGCGAUUGACGAUGGAUGUCAUUCUGAAAGUGACCCUCGACGCGGACCUGGAUCAUCAGAACUCCGAUAAUGUCAUUGCAACCGCCCUGGGGCAUAUCACCCGAUGGCACUCGUUUUGGGAUCCUCGUGUAUUGGCACAUCCACUGCGGCCGUUUAUUCAGCGAUACUACGGCCGGGUCAUGAACACGUGGAUCCGCAAAGCACUGAACCAGCGAUUCUCCGAGAUGAAGCAAGACCAACGGAACUCGGGUUCUGGUACUAAGCGAGCCAAAUCUAUUAUCACGCUAGCCUUGGAGGCGUACCUAGAAAAUAAAAACGAAAAGAUCUCGCAAGCCACCCAGCUGGACGACCACUUUGCAGAAUAUGUGACGUAUCAAAUUCGACUGUUCCUCUUUGCUGGAACUGAUACCACCGCCAGCAGCAUUGCCUACGUGUAUCAUCUCCUGGCACAACACCCGGAAGCUUUGACUCGAGUCCGGCAGGAACAUGACCAAGUCUUUGGUCAAGAUCCCUCUGCGGCAGAACAACUCCUCCUUGAACAGCCCACACUGCUCAACCAAUGCGCAUACACAAUGGCAGUGAUCAAGGAAACCCUACGCCUCUACCCUCCCGCAGGUACGAUGCGCCAAGGCAGCGACGGUCUCUCCCUAACCGAUAGACAUGGUAAUCCGUAUCCCUUGAUGGAUGACAUCAGCAUUGUCGUCUUACACCAACCAAUCCAUCACAACCCCAGAAUAUGGCCCCGAGCAAGUGAAUUCCUGCCCGAGCGGUGGCUCGUCGAUGCAGGCCAUGAGCUUUAUCCCGAUUCGGCGGCGUAUCGCCCGUUUGAGCAAGGACCCCGUAAUUGCAUCGGUCAGACCCUCGUAAAUAAUGAAAUGAGAGUGGUUCUGGUGAUGACUGCCCGGACAUUUGAGAUUAGGCCGGCGUACGAUGAGUGGGAUGCGAUGAAGUCAGAGCAGCAAGGGCUGAUUGGUAGAUGCGCUCGAGCGAUGGGAUUCCAGGAUAGGAAGCCUAAGCUGGUAAAUGGAGAGAGGGCCUAUCAGACUGAGAAAGCCGGCACCCAUCCGGCGGACGGAUACCCAUGCCGGGUGACUCGGGUUGCAUAG